UUCAAAAGGAAGGAUAUUAUCGAGGACAUCUUUAGAACUAUCUUUUUAUUUUCUUUCUCUCUUUCAUUUUCUAAAAAAUAUUGAGUUCAGGUUCAAUCAACAAAAUGUUCAGCUCAGGCAUUAUCUCAUCUUCAACUCAAAGUACUGCUCAUGUUGAUGAAGAUAGUGAUGAAGAUAGUGAUGCUUCUCAAAAUGAAAGUCGCAACAUGAGGGGAGAGGUUCACAGUCAUUUAGAGGAGAACAUUCGUCCAUAUAUUGAUGUGAUUGACACUCUGCGGUCAGUUGGCAUUCAGAAGGACUUGGCGUUACCGACUAUUGUGGUCAUCGGGGACCAGAGUUCUGGAAAAAGCUCUGUGUUGGAAGCACUGUCUGGAGUUGCGUUACCAAGAGGGAGCGGAAUUGUGACCAGAUGUCCAUUAGAGCUGAGGCUGAAGAAGGUAACUGGAGUCAACUGGAAGGCUGUUUUAACUUACCGUCCUGCCAGCCAACAGGCAAGAGGACAAGCAGCAUGGUCAACUCGCAAUGAGAGGAGAUUUGAAUUUGUAGAUCCUUCUUUAGUUGGAGGUUAUGUUGUAAAAGCCCAGAAUGAACUGGCAGGAAGCGGGGUAGGAAUAUCUAAUAAUCUCAUCACUUUAGAGGUCAUGUCACCAGGUGUGUGUGACCUCACACUGAUCGAUCUACCUGGAAUCGCCAGAGUCCCAUUAAACGGACAGCCAGAUGACAUUGGAGAGCAGAUCAAACGUUUGAUCAUUAAAUUUAUUAAGAAGAAAGAGACAAUAAACCUGGUUGUGGUCCCCUGUAACAUUGACAUUGCAACAACAGAAGCAUUAAAAAUGGCGCAAGAAGUUGAUCCUGAGGGCAAAAGAACUCUUGCCAUUCUGACCAAGCCAGAUCUCAUAGACAAGGGAACAGAAAAGAGUGCUUUGGCUAUUAUCAACAACAACGUGAUUCCUCUCCGCAAAGGUUACAUCAUGGUGAAGUGUAGAGGACAACAGCAGAUCGAUGAUGAUAUUCCUCUGGAGGAGGCAGCACAAAUGGAGAGAGAUUUCUUCCUAAACCAUGAUUAUUUCAGAUGCCUCUUGGAUGAAGAUAAAGCAACUAUUAAAUGUCUUGCCAUCAAACUUACUCAGGAACUUGUUGAUCAUAUCAAAAAAUUCCUGCCAGAGCUUGAUGAGCAGGUAAAAAAGCAUCUGUGGGACACAAGGAAUGAGCUCAAGGAGUGUGAGGGCGGACCUCCACAAGACCCUAAGGCAGCCAAACAUUUUCUUACUCAAACCUUAAAAAGAUUCAAUGAUCAAAUCAACUCCUUAUCAUUAGGAGAGCUGAUCUUGGAGGGAAAUUUGUUUGCACAGCUUCGUGCUGAAUUCAAGGAGUGGAAUGAUCAUCUUAACAGUACAAAGACACCCUUUUCUGAUUCAAAGGCGGUGAGCCAGCAAAACAGAGGGAGGGAACUGCCUGGCUUCAGUAACUACAAAGUGUUUGAGACUGUCCUUCAGAAACAUGUGGUCAAACUUAAGGAACCAGCCAAUGACUUACUCAGAGGCAUGAAAGGCAUCACCCUCAAACAUUUACUUGACGUGGUCAAUCAUUGUUUCCGGAACUACCCUGUCCUUAAAAACAUAACUGUGAGUAAAAUCGAAAACAUUCUGUCAAGUCAGCAAGAGAAGGCAGAGCAACGGAUCUCAGAGCAGUUUGAAAUGGAAAACUUAAUCUACAGUCAAGAUCCCAUCUUCCUGAAGAUCUUGAGUGAGAUUGCCAAUGAUAAGUUUUCAGAAGAAGAGUUACCUAUGUUUGACAAAAAGUGCAAGUACAGUCAUAUGCUGGAGGCACAUUAUGAGAUUGUAGUUCAGAGGAUGGCUGACCAACUGCCCAUGAUGAUUUCCCUUUUCAUGCUGAAGGAAACUGCUGAGCUCUUGUCUACUGACAUUUUAGGUUUAUUGGAUGGGGCAAAUGUGAGUGAGCUCCUCUUUGAGGACUCUGAUGUCAGCAAAAGACGCAAAGAUCUACGGGCUCGCUUGGAUCGUCUGACUGCUGCUCAGGCAGAACUUGCUGAGUUUAUUUGAGAGCUCUGUUGACUAGAGGAUAUUAUAUGAAAUUACAUCAAAUCUGCAAUAAUAAUUAUUGUAUAAUAUAUCUGACAACUGUUCUAUGGAGGUUUGCUAGUUUUGACAAUGUUUUGAUUCUUUGAGUCUUGAUAUUUUGCUAGAUUUUACAUUUCUGAAACUCCCUGUAACCAUUUCUAAAUUAUGAAUAACUUUUAGAACUUGCAAUUGAAUUAACCUGCAUCUUAUGCUGUUUUAUUGUUAAAAUGUUGCUUACUAAUGCUGUACUUCGUAUCCAAGCCAAAUCAGAUAUCAGAUUUGUUUUCUUAAAUCACUAAAAGCUUCAGUGCUUCAACUAGUGUGUGACUUGUUAAAGAUUUAAUAAAAUUUUCAUGAC